CGACCCCGUCGCCACGCCCGCUGGUUCGACUUGCUCCCGUAAGUAACGCCAACCGUGACGACGACGGCGACGACGAGCACUACGACCAUGUCCGCGCUGCACACGACCCGCCUGCUCUCCCUCGUCCUCUCCUUCGCCUUCGGCAUCGUCGCCCUCUCCACCAGCAUCGACGCGCUCGCCAAGUCCAACCGCCAGAAGGCCACUCUGCGCCGCGAGGCCGCCAAGCUCUCGUCCUCCAUCACCGUCGACAUCGACACCCACGACGUCUUCGCCUCGGGCGUCGUCGUCACCGUCGUCUCUGGCCUCAUCGCCCUCGUCUCCUUCCUCGCCCUCGCACACGCCGCCCUCGCCCGCGCCCGCCCCUCCAAGGCCGCCGCCGCUGCGCGCACCGUGCCUCUCUUCAGCGCCCACCUCCUCGCGUUCCUCGCCCUCUGGCUCUUCGCGACGAUCGUCCCCUUCACGGACUUUGUCGCUAACCGCGAGGCGAAAAUCACUGCGUACUUGGGCAGCACCCCCCUCAGCGCGAGCACUAUCCAAAGCGAGGAAAACGCGCUCGGGCUUACCCCGGUCUACCACAAGCUUGGCUAUCUCGUCACCGGCGCGAUCCUACCGUGGUUCACGUUCCUCUUCGCGAGUACCUCUGCCGGGCUGUCGUACCUUGCUGCCCGCCGUGCGAGGUACGCGUAUGCCGAUGGAAGGGAAGAUACUGCUGGUGCCGGGGUAACUACCGGAGGAGCCGCGGAGCCGAUGAGCGAGAAGCAGGACGUGAAGGAUCAGGUCGUCGGGGGACAGGGCGAUGCGCGGGUGUAAGUGAGUUUGGGGUGGGUGUAUGCGUGGGGAUCCUUGGCGGGAGGGUGUAUCAGGAUGCUAGGAGCAUGGCCACACGACAAUGCUCAAGGGCAGGGUGUUGAAUGGUAUAAUACAUUCCUGGUUGCACAUGUAAUUCGCCGUUGUGUUCUUUGUUGCAGUGUACGAAAGA